AUGUCGAUCCCUGCGCCGCUCGACGCGGAGGCUACGCGAGAGGCCCUCGACUACUUCGCUGCCCGCGGCUUCGACCAGAUCGACACGGCGAUCAUGUACCAGGGGGGGAAGUCAGAGGCGACGCUAGGCGAAGCGGGGAUGGAGAGUUUCCGGGUGGCGGCGAAGGCGAACCCGUGGUACAAGGACGGGAAGACUUUCGACGACCCCGUGGGAGGACUCAACGCCGCGUCCGUCAAGGAGCAGCUUCGGGCGUCUCUCUCGAGUCUCAGGCUGGAAUCAGUGGACCUCUUCUACCUCCAUGCUCCAGACCACGAGACCCCCCUCGAGGAGACACUGCGGGCCGUGCACGAGCUGAGAUCGGAGGGACUUUUUCGUGAGUGGGGACUGUCCAACUACGCGGCGUGGCAGGCGGUGGACAUGUGGCACAUCUGCAAGGCGAACGGUUGGCAGACCCCAGCGGUGUACCAGGGCAUGUACAACGCGGUCACGAGGGAGGUAGAGCGGGAGCUGCUGCCCGCCCUCAAGAAGCUCGGGAUGCGGUUCUACGCCUACAACCCCCUGGCGGGCGGGAUUUUGACGGGGAAGCACAGCUUCGACAGCCCCCCGGAGGGGGGAAGGUUCAGCAGCAAGACUGUGUGGGGCGGGCGUUACAGGGACCGCUUCUGGCACAAGCCCACGUUCGAGGCGCUGGAGUCGAUCAAGGCCCUGUGCCGGAAGCACGAGACCACCCCGGUGUCGGCCUCACUGCGAUGGUUGCGCCAUCACUCCUGCUUGGACGGAAGCCAAGGCGACGCUGUGAUCGUGUGCGGCUCAAGCGUGGAGCAGGUGAAGGCGAACGUCGACGCUUGCGCCGAUGAAACCCCUCUGCCGCAGGAGCUCGUGGAUGCGUUCGACCAGGCAUGGGAAUCCUCCAAGGCGAAGUGCCCGCAGUACUUCCGGUGA